ACCUCAGUCAUUUCAGAGGGAGAGAAUGAAAAAUAAAGGAGAGGGGUCUGCCUUGAACACGAGCGGAAAGGCGUCAUUUUAGUCCAGAAAGCAGUUGGACUAGUUAUAUACUGCUACGCGCGGGCCUGGCCCGAAGAUAACGGCGAUGGAGAGGUGGGGGUCGCGAGUCAUAAAACCGUCAAAAUUGCUGUAGGAAGGCGCAAGGAUCAUUUUCAUUUCAUCCCGCAUCUCGGCUACCGGGAUGGAGAUAAGCUAUCCCCUGCAUCACUACGUCGAACAACAACGUGAACGGCUCUGAACCUCCUGAAUGCAGCGUUGUUUUUCACUCUCUGUUGUCACUGAAUCCAGUACAGUCCGUAAUAUUUCGCACGAAACGCGAGGUUUAUGGACAGAGCGGCUAACGAACAGACAACUGGACCGACUCAUUUUCUCCGCUGGGGAUCCAGAGGUAGCCUACCUCAGAUUCUACAGUGCUGCCUCUGCCUUGCCGCACAGCGUAAGCGGGCUAUGUGCCUCUGCGUUAAGAUAAUAAUGUAAUGGAGAUUGGUGUUGCCAGGCACACACGACAGCAACGAUGCGUUAUAACUUGGAUACUUCUGGCUGUUAAUACGACUAAGGAAACGACAAAAGCAUCUUCUGGAUCGCAAUGAACAUCUAGCCUAGAUACAACCCAAAACAGGCGAUGGGAUGAAAAUGCGACGGCACAGGGUGUUCUUGCUUUGCACGGUGGGCCUGUGUGUCAUCUCCUUCCUGCACUACUACAAGGCGCUGCACUACGUGUCGCUGCUGCGCGAGCUCUCCGCCCCCUACCCCAACAUCAAGUCCUUCAUCAUGGUCACCGGCUUCUUCUGGAGGGAGCGCGCCACGCCGCUGGCCAGCGCCGUCCCCGAGGAGGGCCCGCCGCUGGACCUCAGGCCCUCGGACACCAAGCCCCGAGCCGGCGGGGAGCACGUGGAGGGGGCGAGGAUGAUCCCGGGGCUGGAGGAGCCGGGGGGGCUGGUGAUGGAGGUGGGGGAGGAUCCCGGAGUGCCCAGACCGUGGGGGAGGCCUGAGGAACCACCACACCGGGACCCUGAUGCCAUUGAAGAGCAAAAUGAGCGGCAGAAGGUGACCCCCUGGCACCCCAAUCCCCCGGUAGUUCGUCUGAGACCGGAGGUUCCGCACGUGGUGGUGGAGGUGGAGGAACUCGACCCCACGACGGCUCCCACCCCCGACCCGAUCGACUCCAUGGGCGACCUCCACACCCGACCGCACGUCCUCCAGAACGACCGCACGUCCUACUUCGUGCGCACCAAAGCCGGCGCCCUGUGCUUCCGGCAGGGGACCGAAGUAGCGCCCCCCGGUGGCCAGGCCAAAGCGGCGGGUCCCACGGCAGCGGCCAAACACGGCCAGCGGCAGCUCCUCCAGCAGCCCAUGCACCCCCAGCUUCAGCAGCAACAGCAGCAGCCGCAGGAGCAGCCGCAGCCACAGCUGCAGUACCCUCCCGAGGAGCAGGCCGGCACCCUGCGCGCCAAACCCCGGCGCGGCAAGCGGCUGGUGAAGUGCGUGUGCCGUCCCGGCUGGCACGGGCCCUACUGCGGCGUGCCCACCAUGGUCUACCACUCCAACCUGCCCACCAAGGAGCGGCUGACGCCGCGCGAGACCCCCCGCCGGGUCAUCAACGCCAUCAACGUCAACCACGAGUUCGACCUGCUGCACGUGCGCUUUCACGAGCUGGCCAGCGCCGUGGACCUGUUCCUGGUGUGCGAGUCCAACUUCACGGCGUACGGCGACCGGCGGCCGCUGCGCUUCCUGCGGCUGCUGCUCAACGGCACGUACGACUACAUCCGCCACAAGAUCCUCUACGUCUUCCUCGACCACUUCCCCGACGGCGGGCGGCAGGACGGCUGGAUCGCCGACGACUACCUGCGCACGUUCCUGACGCGCAACGGCAUGUCGCGGGUGGCCAACCUCCGGCCGGACGACGUCUUCCUCAUCAACGACGCCGACGAGAUCCCGGCCCGCGAGGGCAUCCUCUUCCUCAAGCUGUUCGACGGCUGGACGGAGCCCUUCGCCAUCCACAUGCGCAAGUCGCUCUACGGAUUCUUCUGGAAGCAGCUGGGCUCGCUGGAGGUGGUGUCGGGCUGCACGGUGGGCAUGCUCCGCGACGUUUACGACAACGACGGCAUCCGGCUGCGGCGCCGAGAGUACUACACCAUGCCGGGCUUCCGGAAGUACGAGAACGACACGGGGCACAUCCUGGUGCAGUGGUCGCUGGGAAGUCCGUUCCACUUUGCCGGCUGGCACUGCUCGUGGUGCUUCUCCCCCGAGGGGAUCCACUUUAAGCUCAUCUCGGCCCAGAACGGGGACUUCCCGCGCUGGGGCGACUACGAGGACAAGCGGGACCUUAGAUACAUCCGGGAGCUGAUCCGAACCGGGGGUUGGUUCGACGGCUCCGUGCAGGAGUACCCUCCCUCGGAUCCCAAGGAGCACAUGUACGCUCCCAAGUACAUGUUGGACCACUACGAGCAGUACCGGUACUUGCUUGAGAACCCGUACGAAAUUAAGAUAAGCGGGGGGUAAGGCGGAACGUGGCAGGGGCUUUUCAGACGGUCCACGGGAGAACCAUGGGUGAGGGUUCCAGGAUGUCAUGGGGUUCCGGGGAGAAAAGGGAUAAAACCACUGGCAACUUGUACAAUGCCCGCCCACCAGAAGUCCGGCCCCCCUUUCCACACAGGCCCACCCACUGCUCCACGACCGUCCAAUGACAGGACAGGGCACACAGCAGUGGGUGGGGUUGGACUGGCAUGGUUGGACAUAACCAAACAGCGCUGGCGCAAGACACUAUGAAGAAGUGGAGCAAUGCUAAAAUGUCCCAUGAUGUUGAUGUUCACUUUGUUGCCCCCCCCCUCCCCCUGCUACCCCAAGGGAGAUUAACUGCCCUGUCCAGGGCUCUCCUGUCACAUCUUUCUGCUGUUGUGUCUGUGGUCAGCCCUGCAGAUCUCUCUGGACAUAUCUCAUAGGAGGGGGCCGGUGGGUCAGUCGGCCUUCAACACACUUCUGUCCUGCACACAAAACAUCGAGCCCCGUACACCAUUCAGAGGAGAAAACACCAGGCUUACUAUUAUUGCAUUGUUGGGAGUGGACUGGAGACUAAUCUCCUUCUUUGUCCGAUCACCGUGAGUUUUGUGUUACCUUUUAGUUAGUGAAAGCAAGGAGGGAGGAAGUGAAAGAAGAGAAACAGAGAAUGAACAGAACACAUUAGCCUCUACGGCUUUUCAGUUCCCUGUUUGCUCUGAGAAGGCAUUCGAUGACCUCAAUUCACAUCAAGAUCCUGGUAGGAACAAAAAAAAAAACGACCGCUAUUCCGCCUACUCGGCGCUGUCCGAGUAACCGGUGGCGGCGAUAAGAGCUAGCCGCGUUUGCAGAAGCAGAGCAACCGGUCGCUGGGAGUGGAAGUGUCAAGAGUCUUCAGUCACAGACCCUGCGACUGGCCUCUGCGCUAAGCUAAGCUAAGCUGGGCUGGGGGAGGAUUAGCUUUGAUAGCACUCGCUGGUGUUCUCAUGCAGGAAAUAUCACAGGUCACGCCGCCUGCUGCAAGCGGAGAAGUGCGCGGCGCUCCACUAAGGUGCCUGACAGGGAGGGGUCUGCUGGAGUGGCUGUGGCUGGGAGCUCCCAGCACCGGAGGGGGGGAGGCGAGGGGUAGGGCUGACAGCUUCCUUCAGCAGACUGGGAUGAAUAAAUCAUGGCUGGCAAGAGAGUCCAGACACAGCAGGAGUAUCUCUCUCUUUCUCUCUCUUCCUCUCUCUUCCUCUCUCUCUCACUCUCUCUCUUUCUUUCUUUCUCUCUCUCGCUCUCUUUCUCUCUCCAUACAAUAGUUCUAUGAAAGGGGUUUUAAAGUCAAGUCUCUUCCUGCCCCCCCUUCUCUCUCUCUUGCUCUCUUUCUCUUUCUCUCUCUUCCUCUCUCUCUUCCUCUCUCUGUCUUGCUCUCAAACAGCCUUUUACAGAGGACAGGCUUUAGGGACAUGAGUUGGAACUCUGUUUCUCUCCUCUUUCUCCCUCUCUGCCACACGCGCACACACACACACACACACACACACACACACACACACACACACACUCAAAAAGAGAAAAACCCCUCUCCAAAUAACUCAAACAGAAAGUGCGCUUGCCUACGUUGUCUUGGCAGCCUAUGAAGGGGUGGAAGUGGAGGAAGGGGUGUUUUGGGUCU